AUGAACCGCAUUCCGGGAGACCUGCUCCCCGAUGACACCGUCUGCGCAGAGGACCUGCUUGGGCUUGGAUUUGUCCUCACCGAAGAUGACAAGAUCCGGUACAUCGCCGCCCCUGACCAGGGCCCUCGUUACAAGGUCAACCGAAGUGACCGCAUUAACAAGGUCCACAUUGAGGCCCUCCAUAAGGCGAUCCGUACCUGCAUUAUCGACCGGCUCCUGGGAAUGGGAAUGCAUUUUAUGAAAAUUCCCAAGGGCAGCAAGCAACAGGUCCCCAUCAUGGUGUCUGGCAAUGUGACCACUGCACCUCGAGUUGUUGUUUUCUUCGGCGAGAUCAUUGAAGACCUGGGUGUCUUCUCGUACCGUGACGCUUGCGACGACGGCAUUUCUUUCGGUUCGAUCCUGGGCUUUGCCAAGGGUUUGCUUGGUGAGAAUGCUAAAGAUUCGCCCAAUGCUCUUAUCCUUGCGAACACCGGCCAGACCGUCUGGUACAAUUCAGGUUGGUUCCCCAUGACUGCCGACAGUGCCCAUAGUCAGCACCGCAGCUCUGCGGUGGAACGCAAACGUCAACUGGAUGAUCGUAAUGUGAUCAGCAAGGGCUCCAUCGGUGAGCAUGUCGAGAAUAUCUUCCAUCAAGUCUUGAUGCGCGGGAACUUCGAAGUCGGCGCCAAAAUCGACAUCAUUGGCAUUUCUGAGGGCGGCCAUGCUGCCAUGACUUACCUGAAGAAUCAAUGGAGUUUCUGGUCGCCCCAUAUCUCCUCCCUCUCCCUGAUCAACCCCGAGGCGAUUGCUACCACGAAGAGCAAGACUGGUGACACGAAGGACCCGACAUCAUUCGCCUGGUUCAUGAAAUACCGUUCCCGUGGCUGGACCCUCAGUAGUAAGCCGCUUGGCACACGUGUGCCUGGCCUUGAACACCUUCAUGGUUGCAACACGUACUCCUCCGGCGAAAACACAAAGUCGACUUGCAUGGUCACUCGUGGUGUAGGACACAUCUUGACCUGGAUGAACAUUAUGCAUUACUCUCCCAUGGCGAUGGAGAAGUUUGAUGUGGUGCCUGGCGAGACCGAUCCCAGCAGUGAAGCUGUUCGCGCGUUAUUGCCCAACGAAAUGGUUCCGGAAGUCCCUGGCGGCAAGAUUGAAGUUCACAGCCUGGAAGUCAUGAACCAGAUUAAAGGCUUCCUGACAGGUGUCACGUUCACUAAGGAAAUGAUUACCUUUUUCAAUGACAAGUUGUCGUUUGUUGACGCUAAAGACGACGAAAGUGAUGAUGACAGCGUGUGUACCGUCAUUUAUGUAGGCGAGAACAACGAUGCGUUUGAUGGUCUUCCUGAUGUUCCAGACGCUUCUCCUGGCACUUCUCGUGACAGCCUUCCCGUUCCUGACGUACUUCCCGGCGCUUCUUCUGAGGCUUCUCCUGGCAUUCUUGCUGGCGUUCUGCCUGACGCUCUUUCCGUUCCGGAAACCCCAUUGUACUACGACGACGUAAUCGUCGGCAAGGCUGACCCGUUCGACCUCAGUGAUCUGCAAGAUAUCCGAGAGGACGAAAAAGAAGAUGAAACCCUCUAA